AUGGCCCUGGGCAGGGUCCCCCGGAGGGUGGGAGUGGUGGGCUACGGCCGCCUUGGACAGUCCCUUGUCGCCCACCUGCUGACUCAGGGGCCAGAACUGGGCCUAGAACUUGUGUUUGUCUGGAAUCGGGACCCGGGACGAAUGGCAGGGACUGUGCCCUGCUCCUUGCAGCUCCAGGACCUCGCUGGCCUCGGAGAGAGGCGCCCUGAUCUGGUGGUGGAAGUGGCCCACCCCAAAAUAAUCCAUGAUUCUGGGGCACACAUCCUUCGCCACGCCAAUCUGUUGGUGGGGUCCCCUUCAGCCCUAGCUGACCAGGCCACUGAGCAGGAGCUCCGGGAAUCCUCUCAACGCUGGGGCCACACCGUGUUUGUUGCCCGAGGGGCCCUGUGGGGCUCUGAGGACAUCACCAGACUGGAUGCAGCUGGUGGUCUUCAGAGCCUCCGUGUCACCAUGGCCACACACCCCGAUGGCUUCCGGCUCGAGGGGCCCUUGGCUGCAGCCCCCAGGACCGGGACCCGCACGGUGCUCUACGAGGGCCCCGUCCGUGGCCUGUGCCCCUGGGCCCCCCGAAACUCCAACACCAUGGCGGCCGCCGCCCUGGCCGCCCCCAGCCUGGGCUUCGACCGUGUCAUCGGGGUGCUGGUGGCUGAUCUCAGCCUCCCGGACGUGCACGUGGUGGACGUGGAGCUGAGCGGACCCCCAGGCCCCACAGGCCGCAGCUUCUCCGUGCACACCCGCCGAGAGAACCCCGCAGAGCCGGGCGCUGUCACCGGCUGGGCCACGGUCACCGCCUUCUGGCGCAGCCUGCUGGGCUGCUGCCAGCUCCCCUCCAAGCCCGGGAUCCACCUCUGCUGA